CGCGGCUUCGGGGUGGCGGCAGGCGGGGAGUCGGAAUGUCUGCGUUUUGGGGCCCCUCGCGCUGUUCGGGGUUCGUCCCGGCGCAGGGAGCGCGCAGCCCUUGGAAGCCUGGAGGCCUGCGGGCCGAGGCUUUCUUGUCGGGCGCACGCGGAGGUUUCUUAGGGAGCCUUAGUCGUCUGCCCCCCUCGGAGCCAGGAGCAAGGAUGAAGUGGUGACGGUGACAUGGCUGUGCCCCAGGCUUUCCCACCGGGGCCCCUUCAUGAGCCUGCAGGUACCCUGGUGGAGCCCCAGCUCUGCCCUCGAAGCUUGGCUGAGGGCUUCCUGGAGGAGGAACUUCGGCUCAAUGCUGAGCUGAGCCAGCUGCAGUUUUCUGAGCCUGUGGGCAUUGUCUACAAUCCUGUGGACUAUGCGUGGGAGCCUCAUCGCAGCUACGUGACCCGCUACUGCCAGGGCCCCAAGCAAGUGCUCUUCCUGGGCAUGAACCCGGGGCCCUUUGGCAUGGCCCAGACUGGGGUACCCUUUGGGGAAGUGAGUGUAGUCCGGGACUGGUUGGGAAUUGGGGGCUCUGUGUUGAGCCCUCCUCAAGAACACCCUAAGCGACCAGUGCUGGGGCUGGAGUGCCCACAGUCAGAGGUGAGUGGUGCCCGGUUCUGGGGCUUUUUCCGGAACCUCUGUGGACAGCCCGAGGUUUUCUUCCGCCACUGUUUUGUCCACAAUCUGUGUCCUCUGCUCUUCCUGGCUCCCAGUGGGCGCAACCUCACCCCCGCCGAUUUGCCUGCCAAGCAGCGAGAACAGCUUCUUGGGCUCUGUGACGCGGCCCUCAGCCGGCAGGUGCAGCUGCUGGGGGUGCGGCUGGUAGUGGGCGUGGGGCGGCUGGCGGAGCAGCGGGCACGGCGAGCUCUGGCUGGCCUGAUGCCCGAGGUCCAGGUGGAGGGGCUCCUGCACCCCUCUCCUCGGAGCCCACAGGCUAACAAGGGCUGGGAGCCACUGGCCAAGGAGAGACUGAAUGAGCUGGGGCUACUACCGCUGCUAACAAAAUGAGCGCCCCUGGCAGAGGGAAACAUUCAAGGCCCCCAGGUCCUUCUUGGGCCAGCAGAUGACUACACGCCUCCUGGACCGGAGCAGGAAGAUCCUCCUUGGCCGUCUGGUUGCUGGGACCUGCCACGGCAGUUUUGACACUCUUCCGGCUGGCUCUCCUGAUUCCUGCCUUCUUCCCCUUCCUUUGAGCACUGCCUUUUUGGAACCUAACUCCACAGAGAGGCAACACCUGCCAACUGCUUACUUCACUGUUUCUUUGAGAGCCUGUGUUCAGCUGAGUGACCUCCAAGGUCUUAUUUGCUAUCUCAGAGAAAAGAUCCUGCCAGGAUGCGCACCCAUUCUCAUGGAGGAGUGUCCUUCAGCUGACCCCUCUCCUCACAGGGACCAGGACAAAGCAUGGGGCAUGGGUAUUAAGAAUGAACUUACGGAAGACUGAGGCUGGACCAGAGAGAGGAAGAAUUCAGCGUGGCAGCGUGGGGAAGGCUCGAAGACCUGUUGAGACUUGUGAACUUGACUUUGGGCAUGUUGAUUAACCUCUUCAAGCCUUGGGGUCCUCAUCUGUAGCGUGGGGAUCCCUACCUCAUGGGGUUGGUGUGGGGAUUGACUGAGAUAACACUUAAAGUGCCUUGUGUGGUACCUGGCACUAGAUGCUCAUUACACCUCUUUUUUUUCUUGGGGAGUCACUGCACUACAAGGGAAGCCCCUCCACUUGAAGGCCGUGGGGAGAAGUCUCAGCCUCCACCUGUGGCCUGGGUGAGGGCAGACUUGCCCUGCCAGAGAUGGACCAAUGACUUUAUGAAAAACCCAGCCUGUGAUUUUUCAGUCUAAGCAUUAAAAGCUCCUAAAUCUU